GGACGGUCUGGUGAGCCGCUUCGUGCAGAUCGACUGUAUGUGGAAAUACUACAACCUCUCGACCCACAGCAACCGGCCGCCCACAUACGCUCAGAUAAAGAUGGGGGAUCUGUUCUACACAUCACAUGUCAGGAGGAAGAGGAACGUACAGGCGGCGGUGGAGAUGUAUACGGCAGCAGCACUACAGCACGACCCGCAGGGUCUCUAUAAUUUGGGGGUCCUGGUAGAAGAAGGCGUUGCGCUCCCCCCAUCUACGCUCCGUCUUCUGGGACUGAACAGCUCGGUGUCCGGCAGUAACUUCCCCAUCAUCAUGGAUCUGUACAGGAGAUGUCGAGAUCACGAGGAGGAGGAUUCUUAUGUCCCCUGCAGCCUGGCGCUCCUCAACGCCCAUCUCCAGUACAUCUGGACCUUCCACGGCUCCAUACUGAAGUGCUCCAGUGCCGCCGCCAUCGCCAUUGUCACCGCCCUCAGUUUAAUGACAAUAUUUGGGAGAUUACAGAACGUGGCUCAGAACUUCCAUCUGUCGGUGUGAGGGGCCCCGGGGGCCACCACAAUCUCUGUGAUCUACAGCGAGGAGACAUGGGCCCCAGGCUCAGGACGUUGGGCCCCUCAGGCUGCUCCUCCUGACACAUAUAAUGGCUGCUCAGGUUCCGGAUGUGAUUGCCAAACAUUUUUGUAUUAUUUGUAUUAAAUAUGGCAAGAGGUAGAGGAUCUCUAAAAUAAACCAAAAAACAUG